GACGAGCUGGAGAUGACCAAGCGCCUGGCGCUCAGUGACUCCCCGGAUGGCCGGCCCGGCGGCUUCUGGCGCCGCUGGCAGCCGCGCAUCUGGGCGCUCUUCGAGGACCCCUACUCGUCCCGCUACGCGCGGUAUGUGGCCUUUGCCUCCCUCUUCUUCAUCCUGGUCUCCAUCACCACCUUCUGCCUGGAGACCCACGAGCGCUUCAACCCCAUCGUAAAUAAGACGGAGAUUGAGAAUGUUCGGAAUGGCACACAGGUGCGCUACUACCGGGAAGCAGAGACAGAGGCCUUCCUCACCUACAUCGAGGGCGUCUGCGUGGUCUGGUUCACCUUCGAGUUCCUCAUGCGUGUUGUCUUCUGCCCCAACAAGGUAGAGUUCAUCAAGAACUCACUCAACAUCAUUGACUUUGUGGCCAUCCUGCCCUUCUACCUGGAGGUGGGGCUCAGCGGCCUGUCCUCCAAGGCCGCCAAGGACGUCCUGGGCUUCCUGCGCGUCGUCCGCUUUGUGCGAAUCCUGCGCAUCUUCAAGCUGACCCGUCACUUCGUGGGGCUGCGGGUCCUGGGCCACACGCUCCGUGCCAGCACCAACGAGUUCCUGCUGCUCAUCAUCUUCCUGGCCCUGGGCGUGCUCAUCUUUGCCACCAUGAUCUACUAUGCAGAGAGGAUAGGGGCACAGCCCAACGACCCCAGCGCCAGCGAGCACACACACUUUAAGAACAUCCCCAUCGGCUUCUGGUGGGCUGUGGUCACCAUGACGACACUGGGCUACGGAGACAUGUACCCGCAGACGUGGUCCGGCAUGUUGGUGGGAGCGCUGUGUGCGCUGGCGGGCGUGCUGACCAUCGCCAUGCCCGUGCCUGUCAUCGUGAACAAUUUUGGGAUGUACUACUCCUUAGCCAUGGCUAAGCAGAAACUACCAAAGAAAAAAAAGAAGCAUAUUCCACGGCCACCGCAGCUGGGAUCUCCCAAUUAUUGUAAAUCUGUCGUAAACUCUCCACACCACAGUACUCAGAGUGACACAUGUCCGCUGGCCCAGGAAGAAAUUUUAGAAAUUAACAGAGCAGAUUCCAAACUGAAUGGGGAGGUGGCGAAGGCCGCGCUGGCGAACGAAGACUGCCCCCACAUAGACCAGGCCCUCACUCCUGAUGAGGGCCUGCCCUUUACACGCUCGGGCACCCGCGAGAGAUACGGACCCUGCUUCCUCUUAUCAACCGGGGAGUACGCGUGCCCACCUGGUGGAGGAAUGAGAAAGGAUCUUUGCAAAGAAAGCCCUGUCAUUGCUAAGUAUAUGCCGACAGAGGCUGUGAGAGUGACUUGACCAGGCGGCUUGGCCGAGGACACUGGUGGCUAUUAAGCAUCUGGGUGGACCUGCAGCCCCUCCUCACCCUCGGACAGAGUAAUUCACGCCAUGCAGGUUUGCCGGACGAGUCCGAGAGGCACAGGCAUUGUACUAGGACGGACGUAGCUUUUCCUACGGCCAAAUGGUAACUGACCGUAGAGGAUUUCUUUUUCUUCCUUUCGUUUUUUAAAAAGUUUAUUUUAUUUGGGAAGGUGGGUGGAGGGGAUCCUUAGCAUGACUUGCAUGAAGUUAAACAGAAAACCCAGCAAACUAAACCCACCAACCCCCUGCAACUGUAUAAUUACCCUAAACAACGAUAAUGAAAAGAAACGGCAAAAGUCCCAUAUUUUCUUUCAGAGAUCUUUACUUUUACACACAUUGGUGGAGCCCAACUGUAACAGCGUUCGGUAGAAACCUGUACAUUUCCGGGAGUGGUGGUGGGAGGGCCGGGGAGGAGAGACGGGUUGGAGAACGGAACGCUUCUCUGCACACAAGAUGGAAAGCAAAGGUUCCAAAAAGGGCAGUCGGUCAGUCAUCGGUCAUAUUGACCUCACCUUCAUAGUUCACCUCUCACACGGAAACUGAGAACUUUGCUUCGAAUAGAAUUGUGGAAACUCGCGCUGCCGCCUCCUUCUCUGUCUGGCAUGCUUGUGACCCAGGAGACGUCUCCCCAAGACCUGACAGCGGCUAGUCUAGGUUGAUCCUCUCAUCUUACCGGUGUGUAGAUCCAGUGUGACUGACUUUCAUACAAAUUGUUCAUAGGAAAUAAUCAGUACCACAUGGAUUUUCUAAGUGUUAUUCUAAACCAGGAUGUAGAGCACCAAAGGUUCAGGACCACAGGAGGGGCUCCCUCCUCUUCUACCAAGGCACAACCUGGCACUGUAUGCAAUUUAGUAUUUCAGAGCUAAAAACUGCAUGCCCAAUGUUAUGCAAAGCGAUUCGAGCAUGAAAUAAAUUUUGUAUCACGGUUCUGUAUAGUCUAAAGCAGAUUUGUUUUCCUGAAGCAAUCGGAGGUUUGCAGAGACACGCUUCUGCAUCUCGAAUAAAUAUAGUAUUUUCCCAACAGAAACAGAGGACAGUAGCUUGGCUUUGGUCUGAUUCUAAAAUUAGUUGGGGUGGGGGGAGAAGGAUGAUAUUUUUGAAAAACACAUGCUUGGGUUGAAAAAAAUGCAACAUCUCGAGCUUUCACUGCACCUCACAACAUUUCCUGGAAAGAGAGCAACGAUGCUUUAGCUCGGCAGUCUCUCCUCCCUGGGCCCUGGCCCCAGAAAUAAAAAAGCUGACUUUUGAGAUGAAG